AUGGGGGUAGAAAUAGACGAUCACGAGAUAUGGAUGAAUGCACCGAUCACUUUCGAGGCAGAUGAUGUGGAGGAAGACAUGGAGGAUCACAAUGAUCCUUUGAUCCUCACACUGCCCAUAGCAGGGUGCAAUAUCAAGAAAAUCCUCACUGACGGAGGAAGUUCAGUCAACGUCCUGUUCUAUGAUACGUUCAAACGGAUGGAGCUAAACAACGAGCAGCUGAUAUCUUCGUACCACACCAUUUAUGGAUUCAACGGGGCUCCUAGGAAACCAUUGGGGGACAUUGUUAUGCAAAUAAAUGCAGGACCGAUGAAGAUAGACACCCAUUUCAGCGUAGUAGACGCUCUUUCCCCCUACAAUGCUAUCAUAGGACGAAGAUGGGUACACAAGCUCAAAGGGAUAACAUCAACUUAUCACCAGUGUCUUCGAUUCCCGUCACCCUAA